UUGGAAAACGCAAACAAAGCAAUCCUUUUUAUCCUUUUUCUCAUUUCUCAUGCUUCCAUUUUGGAUUAGGGUUUCGCUCUGCUCUGCUUUCACGUUGAAGCUUAAACCCCAACCGUGCCGAUCCUCCCCCACUAGCCGUUAGCUCAUAUUUCCCGCCAUUUUUUACGUCAUCCCAGCCGUUGAUUUGCGUUAUUUCAAAUUUUAGCCGUUGGAUCUGUUCUAUUUGGUGCCAUUUUCGUUUUCUUAUUCUGUUUUAAGUGGAAAUGUCGGCUGUUGAAACGGAGAAGAAGGUCGACGACGAGAAAAAGGAGGGGGAGCUCUUGUUUUGUGGCGCCACUUGUUGGAAUAUUAUUGGUCGCAAGAAAGGUGUCCAGGAAGGCAACUUGGUCUCUCCUACUCGUCUCCGUCCGCUCGUCGGCGUCGACAUUCGCUUCGUUGCCGCUGGCUGUGUAUCUUGUCAUUGUGUGGCCCUGGACGUGGAAGGGCGGUGCUAUACAUGGGGUAGAAAUGAGAAGGGGCAACUUGGUCAUGGAGACACAGUUCAGCGUGAUAGGCCUACAAUUGUUUCAGAACUUUCGAAGUAUAAAAUUAUUAAAGCUGGAUCAGGGAGAAGCCACACAGUAGUGGUCACAGAGGAUGGUCAAUCCCUAGCAUUUGGCUGGAAUAAACAUGGGCAGUUAGGUUCUGGCUCAGCAAAAAAUGAAAUUGAGUCAUCUCCUGUUCGCUGUCUCCUGUCUGACAUCAAGAAUACUGCUUGUGGAGCUGAUUUUACUGUCUGGUUGUCGUCUGUUGAAGGAGCUUCUAUACUAACUGCUGGCCUUCCACAGUAUGGUCAGCUUGGACAUGGAACAGACAAUGAGUACAAUACUAAAGAUAGCUCAGUCAGGCUUGCAUAUGAAGCCCAGCCACGGCCUAGAGCAAUUGCUUCUCUUGCUGGGGAAACUAUUGUAAAAGUUGCAUGCGGAGCUAAUCAUACAGUGGCUGUAGAUUCAAAUGGCUAUGUUUACACGUGGGGCUUUGGUGGUUAUGGAAGGCUUGGACAUAGAGAGCAGAAGGAUGAGUGGGUUCCUCGUCGUGUGGAAGUCUUUUCAAAGCACAAUGUCCUGCCUGCUGAUGCAGUGAUUUCUGCUGGUUCUGCAAAUUCUGCGUGCACUGCUGGAGGUGGACAAUUGUACAUGUGGGGCAAAAUAAAGAAUACUGGUGAUGACUGGAUGUAUCCUAAACCUCUAAUGGAUUUAAGUGGUUGGAAUUUACGUUGCAUGGAUUCUGGCAGCAUGCACCAUUUUGUUGGUGCUGAUAACUCCUGCAUAAGUUGGGGCCAUGCUCAGUAUGGUGAACUAGGAUAUGGUCCUUCUGGACAAAAGUCUUCAUCAGUACCCAAGAAGGUAGAUAUUCUUGAGAGCAUGCAUGUUAUUGGUGUUGCAUGUGGCAUGGGCCUUUCCAUGGUUAUAGUUGAUAGAACAAAUGUUGAUGACCGGCUUGAGCAGCUGGAUAUCUAUGAUGGCAAGGUUUCUGGUGAAGCAGGGAGUGAUGAACCAGAGAGCAAAUCUCCAGCUGCUAAGCAAAGUACAAAAAAAGUUAGCGCUAAAGCUUCCGAUGAUUCAAAGAAAAGGAAGAAACCCAAAGAUUCAUCAGAAUCAGAAGAUGAAGACAUCACGGAUACUGAAAGUGAAAGUAGCGAAGAACAGGUCAAUGGCCGCACUCGACAAAGUGAACCGGGUAGAAAGGUUCCUGAUAGAAGUCGAGGAAAAUCUGCAGCACAAGGUAAAGUUGGUGGGCGUUCGAGCAAUAAAAGUACAAAUUCUUCUAAAGUAAAAGCAGGCAAGAGAGGAAGGCCAAGGAAGGCAUAACUUGCAUACUCUGGAUGAAAAUUGAAAUUUUUAUGUAGAGAACUGCGCAAUCGAAUUUGCAUUUUUUAAUUGUUCAAGCAUUUUUAAGUUUCAUUUCCCUUGGCAUCCUUUUGUGCUUCCUCUUUUAAAGGAAGCAAGUAUUUAUGGGUAUUGAUGCCUUGAUUACUCGUUGAGAUCUAGGGAAACUGAAGCAUUUUGGGCGUAAGCUUGUUCCAUUUUUAUGUCAACUGAUUCUAAUCUGUGAAUUGAUGACAGGAAUGCUUACCAUGAACUUGUUCCAGACGAGAAAAUUUUUUCAUUUUACAUGAUGUAGGCAUAUGAAGUUUACUACGUUGCUUUU